AUGCACAAUAAUCCGAGCUUUAGUGAGUAUGCAACUAAGGAUAUUGAAAAACAAAAAUGGUGGCAACACCGUCGAGCUAAGAUUAUCAUCAUCUUGUUGAUCGCUUUAGCGAUUGUUGUAGUUACCCUCUCUCUGUUGUUAAAAUUUGUUAUUCUUGCUCCAACAAAGCAAGAAACGACCACUGUAACACCUUCAUUACCAACGGCAACAAGCACACUGACAGCAACUACAUCGACAAUACCACAAACAACAACUACAUCGCCAAUACCACAAACAACAACUCAGCAGCCAGAAGUUAUUUGUCAAACACCGUUUGGUCCAAGUAACAGAUUAUUCACUGGUGGUAGUCCACUAUUUGUAUCCACGGGAGAUUUCAACAAUAAUGGCAACCCGGAUCUAGUAGUGUUUAAUGCGCAUGAAACCAGUAUCAGCAUAUUUCUCAACAAUGGAAAUGGAGAGUUUCAAAGUCAAAUGACAUAUGCAGUUGGCGAAGGUUUAUCCGCUGUUACAGAAGGGGAUUUCAACAAUGAUAGUAAAUCUGAUCUAGUAGUAGCCAAUUUUAAUGACGAUACUAUCAGCGUGCUUUUGGGGAACGGUGACGGAAGUUUUCGAGAUCAAAUGACUUAUACAGUUGGCACUUCACCCGCAUCUAUUGCUGUAGGCGAUUUCAAUAAUGAUAAUAAGCUAGAUUUAGUAGUAACCCACUAUGAUGAUAGCAGCAUAAGCUUGCUACUCGGAAUCGGCAAUGGGAGUUUUGAAAAUCAGAUUACUUAUAAUGUUGAUUUCCGUUCGAUGUCUAUUGUUGUUGGUGACUUUAAUAAUGAUGGUAAAUUAGAUCUAGUAAUGGACAAUUCUGAAGACGAUAGCAUCACCGUAAUACUUGGAAACGGUAAUGCGACGUUUCAAAAUGAAACUAGAUAUAUAGUUGGCUCCCAACCAUCAACUGUCUCAGCUGCUGACUUCAACAAUGAUAGUAUUUUGGAUUUAGCAGUAGUUAACCAACUGGACAAUACUAUUAGCGUGCUACUUGGUAACGGGGAUGGAAAUUUUCGAAAUCAAACAAUAUAUUCCACUGGUAAUACUCCAACAUAUAUCUCAGUAGGUGAUUACAAUAAUGAUAGAAAGUCGGAUUUAAUGGUGGCCAACGGUGGUGAUCGCAGUAUCAGUAUAUUUCUGGGCAAUGGGAAUGGAGAAUUUGAAAGUCCAAUUACGUAUAUACUUGGCUUCAUUCCGUUUUCAGUUACAACAGCUGAUUUCAAUAAAGACUGUAAAUUGGAUCUAGCUGUAGCCGAUAUGGAUAAUAACGUCAUUAAUCUGCUUUUCGGAAACGCAGAUGGAACCUUUUCAAAUCAAAUAAAAUAUACAGUUGGCUCUGCGCCCCUCUUUAUAGUCAUAGGUAAUUUCAACAAUCAUACUAAAUUGGACCUAGCAGUAACGAAUGCACAGGAUAACACCAUCAGCGUGCUACUCACCGACGGACAUGGGUCGUAUCAAAGUCAAACAACAUAUGCGACUGGUCACCUUCCAACAACUCUCGCAGUCGGUGAUUUCAAUGAUGAUAGUAAAUCGGAUAUAGUGGUAGUCAACGGUGGUGAUAAUAGCAUUAGCAUAUUUCUUAACUAUAGCAAUGGAAUAUUUCAAAAUCAAGUUACGUAUACAGUUGGUACUAGCCCAUUCUCUGUCACAACAGGCCAUUUCAAUAAUGAUAAUAAACUAGAUCUAGUAGUGAGUAACACUGAUGACAAUACCAUAGGUGUGCUGCUUGCUAAUCAAGAUGGAAGUUUUCAGAAUCAAAUUACAUCAACAGUCGGUUCUCAUCCUUAUGGUAUUACAGCAUCUGAUUUCAAUAACGAUAGUAAACUAGAUCUGGCAGUAUGCAACACCAAUGACAACACCAUAAGCGUGCUGCUGGGUAAUCAAAAUGGAAGUUUCCAGAAUCAAAUUACGUAUAUAGUUGGCCUCAGACCAAUUACAAUCGCAUCUGCUGAUUUUAAUAAUGAUAAAAAACUAGAUCUAGUAGUAGUUAACUCUGAUGACAAAACCAUAAGCGUGCUACUCAACGAAGGAGAUGGAAAUUUCCAGAAUCAAACUACGUAUGCAGUUGGUUCUCAUCCAUACGGUGUUUCAGCAGUUGAUUUUAACAAUGAUGGUAAGCUGGAUUUAGCAGUAGUGAACGAACUAGACAACAGUAUCAGCGUGCUGCUUGGAGACGGAAAAGGAGCGUUUCAGAAUCAAACUACGUAUAUAGUUGGCUCUCGUCCGACCAAUCUUGUAGCAGGUGAUUUCGACAACGAUACGAAACUAGAUUUAGCAGUGACGCUCAGCGGAGAGAACAGCGUCACCAUUAUUCGAAACCGAUGUCCGUAA